AUGUCUACCCACAACCAUACUCACUCCGGUGUGCUGACCUUCCUCCUGCCCAGCCUCCCAGGGCCAGGGGGCCCAGGACUCCUCACCAUCCUUGGUUUGACCUAUGGCACCACCCUUCUGGGAAACGGUCUGAUGCUUCUCACCAUCUGUGCCAACACCUACCUGCACCAACCUCAGUUCUUGCUCCUGGCUCUGUUAGCCACCACUGACUUAGGUCUGGCCCUUUCUAUGCUGCCCACUAUCCUGGAUGCUCUGUGGGUCCCAGUCCCUACUAUCUCUAGGGAUGUGUGUCUCCUCCAAAUGUGCUGCCUUUAUGCUGUCUCCAGUGGACAGUCCUCUGUACUGCUGGCCAUGGCCUUGGACCGUUGGUUAGCUGUAUGUCAUCCUCUCUACUAUUUGGCAUUCUUUACCCCCAACCACCUUGCCUGGACCAGUCUGGCUUUCAUCCUCCGGGCCAUCAUCACACUGCUGCCCACUCCUUGGUUGAUACCCUCCUGCAGUGUUCAUAAUCUUUCCCUCCCUUUCUGCUUCCCAACAGAAGUGUUGCAGCUUUCCUGUGGAGGGCUCAGCUGGACCUACCCAGCUGUGUCUAUGCUCACCACAGCCAGUUUGGAUAUAGUCUUCAUUACCAUCUCCUAUUGUCUAGUAUUUUGGGAAGUGAUGAAGAGGAUAUCUCCUGUUGGGCAGCGCAAAGCUCUGAGAACGUUCACUGCCCACCUCUGUGCCCUCCUUGCCUUUUAUGGACCACUUUUUGCUUCAUCCCUAUUCCCUGGCUCACUUCCAGGGAGCCUUUCCUCUCUUGCCCUGCUUGCAUCCCCUGCCCUCCAUCCCCUUGUCUAUGGUAUACAGUCUCAUCAGCUCCGUCGUGGGCUGCUUGAUGUCCUUGGUUGCCUUUCAACUUCAAGAGUUGCCCCUGUCCCAAAGGGGCCACAUCACUAG